AUGAAGAUAUUGCUGGCUGUAUGUGUUCUUAUCACCAUCGUAACCGGGCAGACAACGUCGCCAUUUCCCAGAACAACCACUGGUAAAAGCUGUAACCUUUGCGACCAAAACGCCCAACUGCGAGAUCUGCUCCAGUCGCUGGAAGGCACCCUUGCAGAGGUGUCCCAGCAGGUUAUCACGGUCGUAUCCCAGCUCUCCGCUCAGGAAAAUCGACAAUCUGCCAUGAGGGAUGAGCAGAAGAAGAUGUCCACCCAGAUCGCAGAGCUCGGCAUAAAACAGAACCAGGUGUUAGAAACCCUGGCGUAUCACAACGCUUCCUUGGCGAGAAUUGAGCAAGAGUUCCAGUCGAUGGCGUACGGCGUGGUCGGUGACAGGCAACUGCUGGGGAGACAGGAAACCUACAUCAAAACCCUCACCGGUUUGGUCACAGAUCAAGGCAAGCUCCUGGCAGCCCAGAUUCAAAAGCUGGACGAUGAGAAGAAGCUUCUGGAGAGUUUGAAGAGAGACCCGACUCAUUGCACGAGAGCUGGAGUCUUUCAUGCACAGUCGCCAAGCGGAGGCUACCAGUUGACGUUUGAGGACGCGAAGCAGCUCUGCGCAAAAUAUGGCGCUGCUAUCGCUACGCAUGCGCAGUUAACAGCAGCAUGGAACGACGGUCUUGACGUGUGCGCCUGUGGCUGGCUAGCUGACGGAGAUGCAGGAUAUCCCAUCCACAAGGCCCGCCCAGGUUGUUUGUCUUAUGCCGGUAUCCAUAGCGGAACUAAUAGUUGGUGUAAACAGACGCUCAUUGCAAAAACAGGGCGUGCUGACGUUUACUGUUUUAAACAGUAG